ACGGCCGGACCGGUCGCUAUGGAGACAGCAGCGCCUUGGCUGCCGGGCGGGCGGCGCCGGGAGCUGCGGAGGCACGCGCUGCUCGUCGUGAUCGGGGAGAUCGGAACGGAGUCGGAGCGCGGGGCGCUGCGCGGCGCCCUGGAGCGCGGAAUUCGCUCCUGGAACAUUAACACUCUGUCCUGUGACCUGAAUCAGCAACUGCGACUCUUUGUGACACGACACCUGGCUCAGUUUUCUUCAGAAGUCAAAGGCCAAAGAACCCUCCAUCACCGGAGUGAUACACUGGAGACAGUGAUCCUGGUGAAUCCCAAUGUGGACAGCAUCGUGUCUGAGGUCCACUCCCUGGUGUGUGAUUCAUCAGCCCACAAACUACUGAUCUUCUGUGGUCAGAGCUCAGACCAGGAAGGAGACUUGAUCCUGCAGACAGGGACCUUCACUUACCAGAAGUUUGCUGAGAUACUUUCAGACCCAGAGGUCACCCAGAUCCUUAGCAGCACUGAUCCGGAUAUCAAGGCCUCCCUCACUGUGUCGUGCUCGGGAGAAGGAGACUGGAGCAACCUCGGGCAGCCUCGAUUUCAAGAACUUAUUAAUCUGAAACUGAAUCCUGAUCCAGUUCUGCCAGAAAUGGAUGGGGUGUCUGAGUUUGCAGAGUACGUCUCUGAGACAGUUGAUGUGCCGUCUCCAUUUGAUCUCCUGGAGCCACCCACCUCAGGGGGCUUUUUGAAGCUUUCUAAACCCUGCUGCUACAUAUUCCCUGGGGGAAGAGGUGACUCUGCUCUCUUUGCUGUCAAUGGGUUUAACAUCCUUGUGGAUGGUGGCUCUGACAGGAAGUCUUGCUUCUGGAAGCUGGUGAGGCACCUGGAUAGAAUUGACUCAAUCCUGCUCACUCACAUUGGUGCAGACAACCUCCCUGGCAUCAAUGGGCUGCUGCAGAGGAAAGUUGCUGAGCAAGAGGAGGAACAAUCCCAGGGCUCUACCAACUACAGUGACUGGAUGAAGAACUUAAUUUCUCCCGAGCUAGGGGUGGUAUUUUUUAAUGUUCCUGAGAAGCUGAAGAUGCCUGAAUCAUCCAUGAAAGUAAAGAGAAGCAUUGAAGAAGCUUGUCUGACGCUGCAGUACCUCAACAGACUAGGCAUUAAAUCAGAGCCUCUCUACAGGGUGGUGAGCAAUACCAUUGAGCCUAUUACACUCUUCCACAAAAUGGGAGUGGGUAAGCUGGACAUGUAUAUCCUGAACCCUGUCAAGGACAGCAAAGAGAUGCAGUUCCUAAUGCAGAAAUGGGCUGGUAACAGUAAAGCAAAGACUGGCAUCAUUCUUGCAAAUGGGAAAGAAGGUGAAAUUUCUGUUCCCUAUCUCACAUCCAUCACAGCCCUGGUGGUGUGGCUUCCUGCAAGCCCAACAGAAAAAAUUGUAAGGGUUUUGUUUCCUGGAAAUGCUCCUCAGAAUAAGAUACUGGAAGGUCUUGAGAAACUCAAGCACCUGGAUUUUCUGAGGUACCCAGUGGCAACUCAGAAAGAUAUCACUUCUGGAAUACCUCCACCUGUGCUGAAGCAGACCAAAAUUAAACAAAGAACUGACAGCAAAGAGAGUCUCAAAUCUUCCCCCAAGCCUUCAGUAACAAAGCAAGCUAAGAAAGAAGAGGCAGUUGAGGAGGGGAGUAAGGAGGUAAAAGCAGAAGUUACAAAGGAUGCAAAAACAGAGAAAAAAAUUAAAGAGCACUCGGAGAAAAUUCCUGAGAAACCUGUGAAACAUGAAAAGAUAAAGACAGAAACAAAUGAUGCUCUCAAAGCUGAGAAAAGAAAACUGGCAAAAGACAAGGCUGGAAAAAAGCAUCUCAAAGAGAAGGUAUCCAAACUGGAUGAAAAGAAAGACAAAGAGAAGAAAGAGAUUAAGAAAGAGAAAAAGGAGUUUAAAAAAGAUGAUGGAAAAAAAGAGGAAAAAAAAGAUUCAAAGAAAGAGGACAAAAAGAAAGAAACCAAACCAGAGCCCAAAAAAAUUUCUAAACCAGACUUGAAACCAUUUACCCCAGAAGUAAGAAAAACAUUAUACAAGGCAAAAGUUCCAGGCAGGCUCAAAUCUGAGAAGGCCAAAGUCAAACCAGAAAAGGAUGUACCUGCUGACCUGAAGGCAUCACUGAUGGAGAAGGCCCCGGUACAAGCGGAGCCAGGAGAGACCUCCAUAGCUGAACAGAGGCUAGUCCUGUCUUCACCAGAAGAUCUUACAAAGGACUUUGAGGAACUGAAGCACGAGGAGAAAGAGGCCUUGCAGGAGGCUCCAGAAAUACCUGACGCUGAGGUUAGUGAUAAGCUUAUGAGAGCACCUGAAACAGAGAUAAAAGACUCUGCUGACGUGAUUGCUCAGGUUUGCCUUGAAGAGGAGCUGACUUUGAAAACAAACAUUCCUGAUCAGGGAAUGACUACUGCUGAUAUGGGAGCAGCUCAUGCUGCAAAAAUAGAGGAUGAAAGAAGGACAGUAGAUGAAAAUCGUGACAUGAGGUAUUGCAAGGGAGGAGCUGAGCGGGACAAGGAAGCUCAGCUGUUUCCAGACAAAGAACAGGUACCAUCACAGAUAGACGUCUUAGACAAGGGUGUUCGGCUGUCAGCCUUCAGAGAGGAAGAAAAAGAGGAAGAGGAAAAAAUCUCUUUGGAUAGAAAACAGAGGGAAGCAAAAACAAAGACUUGUGAAAAGCAUAUUGAGGGGACAGAGCCACAGGAAGGGGGUGAGAAGGAAAGGCGAGAAGAUGUGAUAGAAAAGGCAGAACUAGAAGAAAAGGAGGAACAGCAUGCGAAGGCAGAGGAGAAGGUGGACAAGAAUAGAGCCUUCUAUGAGCUGAACCAGGAGAACAAAGUGCUUGCUGCUACAGAAAAGGAAAAAGAACUUAGUGGCAUGGGUGAGAAAAACAAGUUACUUGGAAAGGAUGUAGCAAAGGAGGAGUCAUACCUGAGCAGUCUGCCCAUCCCACCAGGAGCAACAGCAGAGCAUGUCUCAUAUAUCCAAGAUGAAACUAUCCCAGGCUACUCAGAGACAGAGCAGACCAUUUCUGAUGAAGAGAUACAUGAUGAACAGGAAGAGAGGAUCCCACACCUGAAGUAUGAUGUCAAUGCCUACGACAUUUCUGUUCCUGACCGCCCAGGCUCGUUUGAAGCAGUGCAUGGAAUACAGGCCGUGCCUGCUGCUGACCUUGCAGCCAAGGGCUAUGCUGCUCAGGAGUCGGAAAUCCUAGCGUAUCCUACAAACAUCGUGGCAGCACCUCUAGCUGAAGAAGAACAUAUAUCCUCUGCUACCUCCAUUACAGAGUGUGAUAAGCUUUCAUCUUUUGCAACUUCAGUAGCUGAAGAUCAAUCUGUUGCAUCUAUAACAGCACCACAAACAGAAGAGACUGGGAAAAGCUCCCUACUUCUAGACACGGUGAACAGCAUUCCCUCUUCUCGGACAGAAGCAACCCAAGGUCUUGACUAUGUUCCCUCUGCUGGCACAAUUUCUCCCACAUCAUCCUUGGAGGAAGACAAAUAUUUCAAGUCUCCACCUCCUGAAGAUUUCCAUGCAUUAGCAGAAGGAGAGAGAAAACUGGAAGCUCAAAAAAAGGGUCCUCACGAAGAGGCAGAAGAUGAAGAGGAAGAAGAAGAGGGAACUCCAAAUAUUGAAAUGCCCAAGAAACUCAGGGGACAUUAUGAUGUCCCCAUGCUUGCUCACCAAGGCUGUCCUGAUCCUGUGUUGAUCAGUGUCCCCACUGAAGCCAUGCAAACGUCUGGCCUGCCGUUCUCUGCUGAAGAAGCGCCGUUCUCCCAGGCUGACUCCGCAGAGGCUGAGGAACGAUGCAUGAGUCCUGAUGACAGCACAGUCAAAAUGGCCUCUCCCACCCCAUCUGGGCCCACCAGUGCAGGACACACACCUUUCCACCAGUCUCCAGUGGAGGAGAAACUGGAAACAGUAGAUUCGGAUCUGUUUGAAAAACAAACAGAUGCUACUGCCAAGAAAUUAGAAGGCCAAACUUCUCCUGUGGGGAAGGCAGCCAAGAGUGAACCUGUUGGAGAAGAUGACAUCUCUGCAGCUAAAUACAGACAUGAAAAAGAUGUACCUGGACCUGUGCAGCACAAACAAGACUUGGCUAGCGACGUUCCAGUGUCUCCUGGGGACCGAGUGCAGGAGGAACCAGUGGGGAAGGAGGAGCUGCCCUGGCUGUCCUACCACAAGCAGGACACGGUGGUGAUAGGGGAGGAGGAGGAGGAGAGUCCUGUGCUGCCCCGACCCAGCACAGAUGUGUUUCUGGAGACAGGAAAAGAGCAAGGAACUAAAACAAUGACAGAAAAUGUAGUGGGAUUUUCCAAACACCUGUCCUUUGAGCCACUCUCUGCCACAGAAACACCUCUAGGAAGUGUGGGUGCUCCACAGUUCACACCCCAAAGCAAAUCAGAAAGUGACAAAUCUUCGCCAGAUGACACCAAAUCACUUUCUUUCACAGAAGAAAGCAUCAGUAAAGCAAAACCCUCAGACACUUCGAAGGGAGUGGCUACUGAAGAAGGAAAACUGCUGUGUUUCACAGAAGACACCUCAGAAGAAGAAAAAUCUUCUCACAUUUCCAUCAAAGACAUUUCUCCAGAAGAAAGCAAAUCCAUUUCUCUCACUGAGAGUCCCAGCAAGGAAAUCUCUUCGGAUCCUUUUGCUAAAGGAAUCUCUCCUGAAGACAUUAAAUCUCUUAGCUUCACAGAAGAGACACCUGCAAAAGAAAGAACUUUGUCUGCCUUUACUGACAAAUUCCCUUCAGAAGCUGUGAAGUCUGUGGGUUUCACAGAGAAGAGCCCAGCUCCAUGUGAAAAAUCACUCAACAUUUCUGCCAAAGAAUUCACAAAAGAAGUAUCAAAACCUUUCCCUUGCCUAGAAAGUAGCCUGGUUAAAGACAUUUCACCCACGGAUACUUCGACGGAAGAGAUGUCUCCAGAUGACAGCAGUUUAUUUUCUGCGGGGGAAAAGGGCUCACUAAGGGAAAGAACUGCAGGCUUGGACUCUCAGGAAGUAUCUCCAGAGGCAAAAGGCUUACACUUUACAGACUCUAGCCCAACUGAGGUUAAAACAUCUUCACACAUUUCUCCUGCAGAUGUAAAAUCAUACAGGUUCAAGGAUGGUCGAGAAGAAAGAUCUCCAGAAAUGGAAGACUUCUACAUGAAAGAUUUAAGCUAUGAGAAGAAAGUGUGGUUCCCAGAAGAGGUGGAGGAGAUCCCUGUUCAGGGACGGCGUCAGAGAUAUGAUAAAGAGAGAGAAAGCACAUUCUUGGAUGAGGUACCCGAAUAUGAAACAAAAUCCCUUCCUAAGAUGGGAGAAGAGGAGGUCCUGUCUCCUACAGUGCCUGGUAGUGACACCUGGAGAAAAGGAGAAAGUGAAACAUGGGGCUCUGCAUAUGGGUAUCUUCAGGACGGGAGAGAGACUGGAAGAGGUGGGAGGUUACCCAGUGAGGAGGGUGAGGGUCUCUGUCGUGAUGGAGGCAAAUCUAUGCUACUGCAAGCAGAGACAGAAUGUUUAAAGGUGAAAUCGUCUGACUAUGAAGAAAAGACACAGAAGAGUGCCAAGCCCACAUCAGAAACAGAGAAAGUGGAAAUCACUCUCUCAGAAAGAACACAGAUAGAAAGCUCCCUUCUGUCUUCUCAGUAUGUCUCUGGUGAGGAAAGUCAGUCCAAAGCAUUAACUGGAAGCAAAGACAGGCAAGAGCUGUCACUGACAUCUAAACAGGAUUACUCCUACUUAGAUGAUGAUGAGAAAGCUGCCCUAGAUAUCUAUGCAAAGUCUCUAGACCAAGCACUGACAGCAUCUCCGGUGCCUCUAUCAGCUGCUGCUCUGGAAAAGGAGAUUGGCACACCACCAGGAACUGAAAGGCCUCACAGGUUAGACCAGUACUCACCUCCUCUGUGGGAGAAAGUCUCACUGAAGGACACAGAGAAGAAAUCAGACACCAGUGCUUUGUAUCAGGACUGUAAAUACAAACCAGACAGAGAACAAGAGGACGACUGCAAACCCAUUGAGGCUCUUCAUGGCUCUGCAGGAAGCAAAGAGCAGAUGGCAGCAGCAUCUACUCUGUCACAGUCUGCCAGACCAGCAGAAUAUGAACACAUAGCAUCAUCCCCAGAAGAACUCUCCCCUCUAGGACAAGGCCCUUAUCCAAAGAGCAGUGCUGCUGCAGGUUCUGCCAGCCAAGUGGCCUAUCCUCCAGAGGCCUUUUCUAGGAGCAGCCCUGAGCCUUACUCCUAUGAGGAAUACAGACCCGGAGGUGAUGAGGGUUCCACAAGACAAGAGCAAGAAGAAAGAGAGCCAACUCCCUACCCUGAUGAAAGAAGUUUCAAGUAUGCAGACAUCUAUGAGAAGAUGAUUGUGUCUGGAGGUGGACCCUCUCCCUUCGCACCCAAGGGGGCAGACAUCCCAGGCCACUCAGACAAGGUGCCAGCAACAUCGCUGAUCUCUCACAAAGGUCAAAGUUUUCAUGUCUCUGCAAAGGAAGAAGAGUCCUGCCUUUAUACCUCUGCUGAGAAGGAGUUGUCUUCUCCAGCAUCUCCUAAAGACAGAACAGAUUCAGCCUUUGACUAUACAGACAUCCAUGAAAGAUACUUGCCCCUGUCUGAAAAGGAGAAGUCUAGGCUAUCUGAAGGACAGGAAAAGCAGAAGGUGUCCUCUGCUUUGCCAGCAGAACUGAGCCCUGAGCUGCACCCAUCAUCCACAGGCACAGCAUUUGGUUCUCCCUCAGCCACGACAGACACAUUUUAUCAGGAAAAGAGACAGUGUCCGGAUGAGAACAUCAUUUUGUCUGGCCAGGAGCAGCUGUCUCUGUCCCUGAAAUCCAAAAGCCCAAGUCCCAAAGACAGGUACUAUGAGAAAGGGGGACGUGGGGAUGAGAGCACGAGUGACUCAGAGCUAGAGAAAGGUGCUAAGGAGAAGUCUGAGAAGGAGUUCAAGCUGCAGAGCCCUGCUGAAGCUGCAGGCACAGCCUAUGCACACAUCUCCCCAGUGGACAAGUUUCGUGUAUCAGAACCCCUUCUGCAAGCCACCCGUCAGGAGUCCACAUCCCCCAGUUCUACUGCCUCAUCACCCUCGGAUUCAGGCUGGAAAGAGGAAUAUAGAAGUCAGAAAACUGCAUCAGCCACUGCUGUGGGGAUGUAUGUUGGAGGUUACAGUGACCUGCCUGAUGCAGGCAGAGAUGAGCAGGCUUCUGAAAUGUCCUGUUUAAGACAAGAUUCUUCAAAGAAGAGAGAGCUCACUGGAAAAUCCACAAAGGACUCUCAUUUCUGCAUCACAGAUUAUCCAGGUGCCAUGGUGGAAUCAGGGUUCCAAGAGCAAACCACACACUUGAAAUCUGGAGAGCAGAAAGAGGGAUGCACAAAGGGUGGAGCAGGAGAGGGCAGAGCGAUGGAGAGCUCUUCUAGGUUGGAGUGCUCCCUGCUAGGAAAGAGUGAGACAUCUGGCAUGUUCAGGCACGACCCAACCGCAGCAAGCCGCCUAGGGGAUGUCUCUCUCCCUCUGAAGGCUCCUGCUUUGUUCUCAGACCAGGGGAAGAAAGAUGAGUACUUGGAGGUGUCUGAGAAAAUCAGCAGCCUUGACUCAUCUUUCACUAAAUUUGCACCCCUUAGUCCCUAUGAAGAAGAUAAGUUGUUCUCCAAAGCUGUGGAAAGAGAGUCUGUGGCCCAGCAGCAGCUGAAAGAUGACUCCAGCCUGUCAGAGGAACCUUCGUCUGAAGCUACCACUCCUGUGAUACAGACUACAGCGGAAAGUUUCUACUCCCAGAUGUUUUCCACGUACACAGGUGCAGGAGCAGAACAAGGUACUAGAAGUCUCUGGGAUGUGUCUCCACGGAUUCCAGAUGAUGCUGUGAAAACACAUGCAGACGAAGCCAAAGACUUUGUGUUUGCUGAAGAACAUAGUUCCCCGUUUACAAAGGCUGUGGGUGACAGCAUUUCUCCACGCAGAAAAGAGUCCCCGAGCUCACAGCCCACGCCUCUCUCUACAGAGAAACAGCAGCAGCCCAGUGUGAGCAGCCCAGAGCAGAAGGCACCGUUUGCAGAACAGCUGAUGACACUGACAUCUCUGCCCGAUGUGCUGACAUCGUUUCCUCACCACCAGCGUGAGGAUGAAACCACAGCCAAUGGCCCGACAGAGGUGAGCAGCAGCCUGCCAGCGUUCCCGAGUACAUACCACACACCAGAGGCAAAGGACGACAAACCAUGUCCUGACACUGACAGCAGCUUUUCUCCAUGCACAGGCAAAGAGGGCAUGGAGAGGCAGAGCCGUCCUUCCUCUCUGAUGUCCCCUGAUCACAGUUUCCAGCCCUUUUUCCCAGGUGUGCAGAGGGGUGGAAAAACAGAGGACCAUGGAGAUGCUUCCCAUGAGAUGGAGCCACGUGUAGGAGGUAGUUUUGAUUGUGGACAGAAGUUUUCCUCGUGUGAAUACAAGCAGAGGAAGGGAGAGCUCUCACCUUCAUUCAUCAACCCAAGCCCACACGAGCUGUCUGAAGACAGUGACCUGUCACAGGAGGAUGGUCAUCCUUCAGUGCAAGGAAGACCACCCCACGCUGCCAGUAGCCCCAUGCAAAGUGCCACGGUGGAAGAAACCCCUCCAACAUCAGUGAGCGAUUCUGGAACUUCCCAGUCAGACUCAGAUGUCCCACCUGAGACAGAAGAGUGUCCAUCCAUCACAGCAGAUGCCAACAUGGACUCAGAUGAAGAUGCUGAUUUCCUUCCAGUGGACAAAGCUGUGGGAAAUGCACAUCAUUCGAGUUCUAGAUCCAGCCAUGAUCCUCCGCCUGUUCCAAUGGUAGAUCCCCAUCCCCAUCUUCCUCACCCUGAUGUCUGCAUGGUAGACCCUGAUAUGUUGGUGAACGAACAAAACAUGAGCAGAACUGAUAAAAUUUCCAAGAAAGAUAUAAAAGACAAGAACAAAGGUGUGAGGAAGCCUUUGAGCAAAGCCAAAUCUUCCUCACCUUCCCGGAAACUGGACGCGAGAGGGAAGCGAUCGCCCACCCCAGUGAAACAGCCAGUGGACAAAUCUCCAAAACCUGCCACUGCCAAAAAAGAGGGAGGGGAGAAGCCCAAACCACGCAGUGCACUGGCACAGCCUCCUCAUGCAGAGGAUGAGUUAUCCCGGAGUAGUCACAGCAACCCUGGCAAGAGCCUUGUUAAUGGCAUCAAAGCGAACCCCGCUUCCAAUAGCCCCAAGAGCAGUUUGCCUGUGCCCAUGGGUCCACCUGUCUAUGUGGACUUGGCAUACAUCCCCAACCAUUGCAGUGGAAAGAACACAGAUCUGGAGUUCUUCAAGCGGGUUCGAGCAUCAUAUUAUGUUGUGAGUGGGAAUGAUGCAGCCAAUGGAGAACCAAGCCGUGCAGUGUUGGAUGCACUCCUGGAAGGGAAGUCUCAGUGGGGGGAGAACCUGCAGGUGACUUUGAUCCCAACACAUGAUACUGAGGUGACACGAGAAUGGUACCAACAGACCCAUGAGAAACAGCAGGAGCUAAACAUCAUGGUACUGGCAAGCAGCAGCACUGUAGUGAUGCAGGAUGAAUCUUUUCCAGCCUGUAAGAUCGAAUUCUAAAUCUCCCACACUUUGCGUUCAUCCAUUGACUCUCCAAUCACCAAUGCAACAUCAGAGACGCCAUCUAAUCACAGUCCAGUUCUUCUCUGGUUUAGUCCUCUACAUGGUUCCCAUUUGUCAGGCAAUCGGGUAUCCAUCUAGCUCAGCACUGGAUGCCAUGAGAAAGAAGUGCAGGGCUCUGUAAUAUUCUGGACUGAGCUAAGAUUUCUCGCAAGAGCAGUUGCAGGCCAGGGGCACUUUUACUUUCCCUGCUUUAUUCUGCUGCCUGUACAGUUUCUGUAUACUAUCUUGGCUGCCUUGCUGCUGUGAGAGCUUGUUCUACUCUCUUCCUGGCUGCCUUGCCAUUUAACUUGCAGCACCAUGAACCUCGUCUUUCUGGUGAGGGCUGAUGUGCUGCUGCUGCAUGUAGACAGUGCAUGGGGGCAGGAGGGCAGAGGAGAAAAUGAAUUUGCAAAGAAAAUGCACAUAGGAGAUGAGGGAAGGUGAAAACCUCCAACUGUAAUGUGACAGUGAAAGUCAUCCUUCCGUCACCCACCCUGAACAUACAGGUGGUAUUCAGAGCAAGGGGACCUGUACUCCAUGUAGGCAGGGCCACCGUUUGCCAGCUCUGCAGGCUUCUGUCUCAUGUCUUUGAUUGUGGCAUCCUGCAGCACCUGCUGGUGCUGCUGCAAGAGCUGGGACGAAGGCCGCAUUUGUUUGGGGGUGUCGGUGGGAGGGGGAGGUGCAGCCUGUUGUUUGCUACAAAGGGCACAUCCCUAACCUGCUAACUGGAGCUUUGCACGGUGACCAACUUACUCCUGCACAUCAGCCGUGUGACAGCAGGAGGCACAGAGGGGCUGUUGCCUGAACAGUCACACAGAAGGAGCAUUCAAACGCACAACUGUAGCCCCCUCUAAAGAAGAAGGGCUGAAACAACCCUGGCCGCUGUUGGCCUGAGAUGUAUGAGAAACCUCCCUGUCCUUGUAAACCAAAGGGGCUCCUGAGGAGUGUGGUGAGACCCCCAAGGAGCUCACCUGCCACCCUGAGCACGGCUCUGGCCAGGGCAGCUGUCAUAUGACAGCUCCACAAGCAGCAGCAGUUUCCUUGCUGCUUGUGUGCUGGCAGUUCAAGCCUCUUAGCUGUGUUCAAGCAUUUUCUUAUCACUCUCUAAGUGUGCACGGUGUGGAAAUAGGACUUGUGGUGUGAGGAAAGAGAAACCCCUUCCAAAAGCACUUGGGGAAAGCAGAUUACUAAGAGCAGGUGCCCUUAGUUCCUCCACCACCAUGGCAGGGACAUGCAGACUCUUGUUGCCAGCACAAACGAGGUGCUGGCAGAGCUGUGCUGUGCACACCUUGCAGCCUGCUCUGGGCCAUGUUCUUGCUCUCUGGCCCUCUCGGCAGGGGUGUAGUUGUGUGCUGUGAGUGCAUCCUUGCUGCCCAGCAUCUCCCUUGGUGUGCACACCCAGCCCAGCCACAGGGCUCCAGCCCUUCAGCAAGCGCAGCGCAGGAGGGUGAGUGCUGGGGUGUGCUGAGACUGCAAUACCAGAGAGCAUCUCGGCAGGGUCUUCUGACAAAGCUGCCUUUCCCUGUCUGUAAGACACGCAGGGUGGCAGCAGGGUGUGCUCUGGGGGAAGGAGAGAUGAGUUGGGAAGCAGUGCUGCAAAGUGUGACGUACAACUCGGAGGCAUUUCCAUCUGCUGUGUCACCCGCUGGGCUUGGCCCCAAGCCGAGGUCUGACUCCAUAGCCUGCGUCGAGCUUGCCUGGGACACUGCAGGCUCAGUGCUUGUUUGUUGUUGUCGUUUUUUUUGUUUUUAUUUUUCUCCUUUUUAUUUUUGGUGUGGCAGCUGACAUAAAUAAAAUGCUGCUUAGAAACCUGCUCCUAGGACUAAGACGGAUUUUCUAGGGAAAUGGUUUAUUUUGCAUUUAAUUUAUAUAUUUAUUUUUUACAUUAGGCUGCAUUUGGUGUGGCUGUAAUCUUCUCAUUUGUACACGUUGACAGGACGCCCUGUGCUCUUAGCGUCAGUCCAGAGGUUUCUCAGUACCAAUAUUUCAAUGCUGCAAUUUAACCGACGACGUAAAAAAGACCAUAGAGAACUUGCUGGCAGGGAAAGUAGUCCCCGCUUGCAGCCUGCAAGGCUCUCUGGAGCCGGCAGCUGCAGGACAAAGCCGAGGCUGGCAGCCCCUCCCCUGGGAGCAUCCUGCCCUUGUUAGGAGCAGGGGAGCUUACUCAGGGAUUGAGCAAAUCCCUGCCCUGUAUCCAGUUUAUUCAGGGACCCAGGGUGUGUCUGCCAGUAGCACAAACAUUGCUCGCUGCAGCCCGAUGGGGCCAUGAGUGGUGGUGACAGCAGCAGUUGCAGGCAGUGACACACCUGCUCUGCUCCCUAGAGCUGCUGGGGGGGGUGGCUUCAGAGCUGGGGAAGAUCCUGGCUCCCCAGUCAGGGACUGGCUGCCAGGCAAAGCAGUCACAGGGUUGCCAGCAGGGAAACAAAUGUGACCCUCAUGGAUUGGAUCCCUGUGAGCGUGGCUAGGAGGUAAAAGCUAAUGCACUAACUUUAGAUAGACCCACACAUGAAUGUUUUCUCAGUUUUAAACUUGAAGCAAUUCUGACUAAGCAGCAGUCAUAGUGAGGCUUUGCACCUCCAGGUGCUGCGCUCCUGCGCCGCAGCUGCGCUGCUCAGACAGCUUUACCCUACACCAGUUUGCUUCCCUGUCCUCCAGGCUCCACACUUUCUAAAGGUCUUUUGUGGCAGUCCGUUCUGCCUUCACCUUCUCUCCCUUCUUCUUUGUCUUCCUCCUUUCAACCUCCCUCCCCUCCUCCUCCUCCUCCCUCCCCCAUCCCAAUCCCCUUCAAAACCUACAGGGAAAAAAAAAAAAACAGACUUGUUAAAACAAUGCCAAUUUGUAAAGAGUCUGACCCUGCUCAGGCUGCAGGAGCCAGCAGAACCCAUCCAGAGCCAGAGGUAACACAAACAACACUAGAAAGAGAAACAGUUAAACUCUGCUUUUGCUUGUUUCUGCAUGUGGGCAACAAUGCGUAACCUUCCUGUAUGUAAUAGGUACAAAGUACUCUUUUAAACCUAUACUUAAAAAAGUGAACGUCUUAACUGUAUUGAAAUGGCAACUUGUGCUCCUAGCUUCUUCUAUGCUAAAUGUUUAAGAACAGAGCCCUGAUUCUUUUCUUCAGCAUCAUGUUUCUCUUUCAGUUUAGUUCCUUGAGUUUCGUCCUUUUGCCCAUUUCCAUGUGAAACACUCUGUAACUAACUGCUGUCAGGAGAGGAGCCCAACACAUCAAUAAUAAAGCCACAUUAAUUGCGAACAAGAA